AAGGCUCCAACCCCCUGAAAUAACACGCCGUUCCAUCCAACAGGAAGCAAUCCGCAGAUCCAUCCCAUCAUGGAAGCAGACGGCGACGAGAUCUCGCGCCUGCCGGAGGAACUCCUCGCGUCGAUCCUCUCCCGCACGUCGCCGCCGGACGCAGGACGCUGUGCCGCCGUCUCCCGCUCCUUCCUCGCCGCGGCGGACUCCGACGCCGUCUGGUCCUGCUUCCUGCCCCGCGACCUCCCACGGUUCGCUGAAGGUGUGCUCCCCCACGCGCCGCCGUCCAAGAAGGGCUUGUUCCGAUACCUCUCCGACCAACCGGCGCUCCUCCCAGGCAAGCUCGUGAGCAUGCGGCUGGACCGGGCUACUGGCACCAAGUGCUACAUGCUCUCGGCGAGGUCGCUGCAUAUUUCGUGGGGCGAGACAAUAGAUUACUGGGAAUGGAUCAAGCUCCGUUCUGAUGAGAUCCAAGCAAACAACAGCUUCCGUGAAGCAGCUCAACUUCAGGGAGUUUGGUGGCUGUUAAUCCGUGGCGAAAUACAUAGCACAAUGCUCAGCCCAAACUCCAAGUAUGCUGCUUACAUGGUGUUCAAGCUAGCCGAUGAGUUCAUCAAGCUCGAUUUCCCGUUUCAAGAGGCAUCAAUCACUGUUGGAGGGAAUGAUGACUCAACACGCCAAGUUUGCCUCCAAGCCUAUAUGGAGGACGGGGAUGACGGGGUACCUCGCAAACAUAUCUUGAGGUGUAGUUGGGAAGACUAUAUGCCUCAUACAAGUUGUGAUGCAAUUCCUCUCACAGAUGAUGUUAUGCUCCCUCGAAAAAGGGUUGAUGGCUGGAUGGAGGUCGAGCUAGGCGAGUUCUACAACGGUGAAAGCUGCGACAGCGAUGUGUCUGUGUGCCUAAAGGAAACCGAAGGAGGGGUUUGGAAGACUGGUCUUAUUGUGUGGGGUAUUGAGAUUAGAACUAAGCAAUGAUGUUGAUGAGCUUGUUGGAUUAAGAAUGUCGUCUACAUUCCUUUCUAAAAAACAAUCUGUUUAAGUUGUUGCAAGUGAAACCUUAACUAUCCAUCUAAAUUUUCGAAACAGUUCGUUGGUGAAAGUACAUGACUGUUGCUAUUUGUAACUCUAUCUUCUUUAUCUAUUUUCAUCUCGACCAAUACAUUGACUAGUAUGUAAA